GUGGGAACGGGCCGCCAGGCGUGCAGGGCCUGUAGGAAGGCAUCUUGGCCCGGUGGGAAGGGUGGUGGCCUUGGCUCCUUGCAUCCACAGCUGCGACUCUGCUGCUCUCCGCUGAUGCUCCGCGGGAAGUGGUUACCAGCUAACAGGGACUCCAUCCCGGCUUCCUUAUCCAGGAAGGAGAGAAUGUGCUCUCGCAUCACGUUUCUUGAGCAGUUUCUUUGCCCCAGGCUCUGUCCGAGCACCUGGGGGCACAGUGGGCAACUAGACGUAGUCCCGGCCCCGUUCUGGGGUCUGGUGGACCCUGAGGACCAGUUGCCGCCCACGGGGCCCAUGUAUACUGUGAGCUCGAGGGACCUGUGCUCAGGGUGGUGUAGACAUCCAGCGGAAGGAGCCUCUCCCUCCCCUGCUCAGUGCUCACCUACCUUUCAGUCACCUGGAGCGAUCAGCAUUGAUGGAGAACGCUUAUAUACACCACACUAAAUGCAGGUCAAUGGCCAGCAAGGAGGGGGGUCCGAGCCAGCGGCGGCGGCGGCAGCGGCGGCGGCGGCAGUGGUGGCAGCGGGAGACAAAUGGAAACCUCCACAGGGGACGGACUCCAUCAAGAUGGAGAACGGGCAGAACACAACCGCGAAGCUGGGACUGCCUCCUCUGACGCCCGAGCAGCAAGAGGCCCUCCAGAAGGCCAAGAAGUACGCCAUGGAGCAGAGCAUCAAGAGCGUGCUGGUGAAGCAGACCAUCGCGCACCAGCAACAGCAGCUCACCAACCUGCAGAUGGCAGCAGUGACAAUGGGCUUUGGAGAUCCUCUCUCACCUUUGCAAUCGAUGGCAGCUCAGCGGCAGCGGGCGCUGGCCAUCAUGUGUCGGGUCUACGUGGGCUCCAUCUACUAUGAGCUCGGGGAGGACACCAUUCGCCAGGCUUUUGCUCCCUUCGGACCCAUCAAGAGCAUUGACAUGUCCUGGGACUCCGUCACCAUGAAGCACAAGGGCUUUGCCUUUGUGGAGUACGAGGUCCCAGAAGCUGCGCAGCUCGCCUUGGAGCAGAUGAACUCAGUGAUGCUAGGAGGCAGGAACAUCAAGGUGGGCAGACCCAGCAAUAUAGGGCAGGCCCAGCCUAUCAUAGACCAGCUGGCCGAGGAGGCGCGAGCUUUCAAUCGCAUCUACGUGGCUUCUGUGCACCAGGAUCUUUCCGACGAUGACAUCAAGAGCGUAUUUGAGGCCUUUGGCAAGAUCAAAUCUUGCACACUGGCCCGGGACCCCACAACUGGCAAGCACAAGGGUUAUGGGUUCAUUGAGUAUGAGAAGGCCCAGUCAUCCCAGGAUGCCGUGUCUUCCAUGAACCUGUUUGAUCUGGGUGGCCAGUACUUGCGGGUGGGCAAGGCUGUCACACCCCCCAUGCCCCUGCUUACACCUGCCACACCCGGAGGCCUCCCACCUGCUGCUGCCGUGGCCGCAGCUGCAGCCACAGCCAAGAUCACAGCUCAGGAAGCAGUGGCUGGAGCAGCGGUGCUGGGUACCCUGGCCACUCCUGGACUGGUGUCCCCUGCACUGACUCUGGCCCAACCUCUGGGGGCUUUGCCCCAGGCUGUCAUGGCUGCCCAGGCGCCAGGAGUCAUCACAGGUGUGACCCCAGCCCGGCCUCCCAUUCCGGUCACCAUCCCCUCUGUGGGAGUGGUGAACCCCAUCCUGGCCAGCCCCCCAACGCUGGGUCUCCUGGAGCCCAAGAAGGAGAAGGAGGAGGAGGAGCUCUUUCCUGAGUCGGAGCGGCCGGAGAUGCUCAGCGAGCAGGAGCACAUGAGCAUCUCCGGUAGUAGCGCCCGCCACAUGGUGAUGCAGAAGCUGCUCCGAAAGCAGGAGUCCACGGUGAUGGUUCUGCGUAACAUGGUGGACCCCAAGGACAUCGACGAUGACCUGGAGGGGGAGGUGACCGAGGAGUGUGGCAAGUUUGGUGCUGUGAACCGUGUCAUCAUAUACCAGGAGAAGCAGGGCGAGGAGGAGGACGCAGAGAUCAUCGUCAAGAUUUUUGUGGAGUUUUCCAUAGCCUCCGAGACUCACAAGGCCAUCCAGGCCCUCAAUGGGCGCUGGUUUGCUGGCCGCAAGGUGGUGGCUGAAGUGUAUGACCAGGAGCGUUUUGAUAACAGUGACCUUUCUGCGUGACCUUGGCCCUAUUCCCUGGACUUGCACUUGCUCCUUGUUUCCUCUGGGUUUUAUAGAGUGAUUUGUUGGUGUCUCAGGCCUAGCCACCCAGCGUGGGGAUAAAGGUGCAGAUGCUGUUGGCCCCGAAA